UUGGCGGCUCUUUCCUUUGUGGCUCGGGUCAGUUCCGGUUCGGAUCGAAGAGCCGGAGCAGAACACACACACACACACACACACACACAGACAGUCAGGGCGCGAGCGGAGUGUGUGUUCGGAGCGAGAGAGCGCGAGCGAGCGAGAUCUCAGCGCGUGAGAGAGUGAGACAGAGUGUUUACAGGAUCUCCGAGCGUCCGUCAUGGCGACCCCCGCUCUCUACGCCUGCACCAAAUGCAACCAGCGAUUCCCCUUCGAGGAGCUUUCACAGGGACAGCAGCUCUGCAAGGAGUGCCGCAUUGCUCAUCCCAUCGUUAAAUGCACCUACUGCCGGACGGAGUUUCAGCAGGAGAGUAAAACCAACACCAUCUGUAAGAAAUGCGCUCAGAACGUGAAGCAGUUCGGGACGCCGAAGCCGUGUCAGUACUGCAACAUCAUCGCCGCCUUCAUCGGGACCAAGUGUCAGCGCUGCACCAACUCCGAGAAGAAGUACGGCCCCCCCCAGACCUGCGAGCAGUGUAAACAGCAGUGUGCCUUCGACAGGAAGGAGGAGGGGCGGAGGAAGGUGGACGGGAAGCUGCUGUGUUGGCUCUGCACGCUGUCAUACCGGCGCGUUCUACAGAAGACUAAAGAACAGCGGAAAGGCUUAGGCUCCUCCCACUCAAACGCGUCAUCGCUCAGCAACAAAGAGCAUCGACAUCACCACCGACACAGCAGCUCCCACCACAAGCUGAGCGGCAGUCUGAGUCCGGAGCAGGAGCAGCGUCUGUGGGAUCAGAGCCAUAAAUCGUCCUCCAUCCAGAAGGAAACUCCAAAGAAGAAACCAAAACUAGAGCUGAAACCGUCCAACGGAGACAGUAGCUCUGUCGCUCAGUCGAUGGAUUCUGGAGGAACUGAUAAUUUUAUCCUGAUCAGUCAGCUGAAAGAGGAAGUGAUGUCACUGAAGCGUCUGCUGCAGCAGAGGGACCAGACCAUCCUGGAUAAGGACAGGAAGCUGACGGAGCUGAAGGCUGACUUUCAGUAUCAGGAGUCCAACAUGCGGGUGAAGAUGAACAACAUGGAGAAAGCACACAAAGAGGCCAUGGAGCAGCAGCAGGCGAAGAACAGGGAGCUGAUGAAACAGGUCGCCGCCCUCUCCAAGGGCAAAAAACUGGACCGCAGCAGCGGCUCACUGCUGUUACCAUAGCGACGACCCCUCCCCUCCGCGCGGGUCAUCACUGUGAGGAAGCGAAGGCCACGCCCCCUUCGGCUCAUUAGUUUAAACUUUUAUUAUUUGCUCCCUCCAUCCGUUUCUCUCUCUCCCGCCCGUAAUCUCUGUCUACACCUCUCUCCCUCGUUCCUCCUCCUCGUUUAGUCCUUUUUUACUCUAUGUCGUUUAUGACGCUGCUUUACUUUUGUUUUUUCCCCUUGAUUAUCAUUAUUUUUGAACUUACCUUUGACCCCUGUUUGACCCCGUGAUGGACGCAGUCAGGCCAGAUUUUUGGCCCUAAAGCUCAUAUGCAAAAUGUCAGUGGAACAUUUGGGGAAUGUUGUCCAGACGCUGCGGGAGACGCUCCGAAACAUCGGAAUCAUCAGCGGGAUUUUAUAACAAAACGAUUUUAUAGAGUUUCACCGUUUAGCACAGACAUCUACACCUGCUCUCCUUCUCUCUCUCCCUCUCUCUCUCUGUCUCUCUCUCUCCCCCUCUCUCUCCAUCUCUCUCUCUCUGUCUCUCUCUCUCUCUCUCUCUCUCUCUCUGUCUCUCUCUCUC